UGUUGUAAAAUGCGGCCGCUAUCAUAAUGAUUCUGUUAAUUUUGCAAUAAAUCUUAAAAGCUAUUUCAAACUCAUGCUUUUCGAAUAUAUAAAAUGGCAUAAUUUUCUGCAUGGAAACAUUUGUUAUUAAUUAAUUGCCAACUUUUAUUGCCACAUGCGAUACUUUCGGCGUUUGGCAACACUGACGACUGUCUGCUGUGCCUAGCACGUAAAAGCAAAAAUGUAAACAUAAUGCCCGAGAAGUAUAUAAACCCCUAAUGUAAAAGCCCAGAAUCGAUUUCUUACUAUUAGCUACCCGUAAACAAUUAACUUAUAAUCAAUAUAGGACCUAGACGAGCAACCAAGACAAGGAUCAGACCGAACCGACAGCAACCGACCCCGACACAUGCAUGAAUAACCACCAGCCGAAGAGAAGUCCAAGCCCCAACGAGUAAACGAUUCCCACGACCGAUGGCCGCCGAAAAGGAGAUGCUGGCCCACGACAUGGUCCGGCGACGGAACUGGGCCCGGGCCGUGGCGCUCUACGACCAACUGAUCUCCGCAGCGCCUGGCUCCGCACAGGCACAGGCGACGCGGGCGCAGAAGGAUCAGCAGAUCGCCUGCCUGCUGGGCCGCUGCGAGUGCCUGCUGGAGCUGGGCAAGUACGAGGGCUGUCUGGCCGAUGCCUACAAGGUGCUCACCCUGCUGGCCGAGCAGACGGAGUGCCUGGCCAGUGUCUCGCGCGCCCGUCGCUGGCUAGUCCACGCUCUCUUCAAGAUGCACAAGUAUGGGGAUGCCGAGAUCUUUUUGAGCAAGUGGAUCAACGAGCUGAGCGGCCAGCAAAUAUUCUCGGACAUAUCCAAGACCCUAGAGCGCUACAAGUCCAUCAUCCAGAUGAUCAUGAACGGCCAGCACAAGGCCCAGGCGCAGAAGAUACCCCACGCCCGGCUGGAGGACGAAAUGGCCAUACUGGACACCAAGCUGGACCACUGGGCCACCAACAACCUGCCCCUGGACAAGUACAGCAAGCUGCUCAGCAAUAAGGGCCUCAAGAAGCGCGAACAGCAGCAGCAGCAGCAACAACAGCAGCAGCAGCAGAACGGAUCGGGCAGCGGCAGCGGCAGCUAUGCGAGCAGCAGCAGCAGCAGCAGCACUGGCAGCAGCAGCACCAUGUCCAGUUCCAACACAAAUCUGCACAAGACCAACGACCUGCUGGCGGCCAUGAAGCUCACGGCUGGCAAGCACCAGCCGGCCUCGCCGGAUGGCCCCAGCCUUGAUGCGGCCUCCGGCGGGGAUCAGGCGGCGCCCUCGACCACUUGCAGCUACUGCGCCAUCAACUUCCUGACGAGGAACGAGCUGCGGCAGCACUGCCAGACCGAGGCCCAUCAAAAGGUGAUCAUGAGCGAUGAGGGACGAGACUGGAAAUGGCGGCCGCCACCCCGCGGCUACACCCUGGACACGUACAGUCUGUGCGAGACGUUCAGCGAUGCACACACCUGCCACUACGGGGCCCAGUGUGUGGAGGCGCACGGCCAGGACGAGUUGAACGAGUGGAAGGAGCGCUUCGAGUACCGGCGCAUGCGGGUGCAGAAGGCCUGCGAGAAGGAGCUGUACGGGAAGUCGUACACGGAGCAGGUGCUGGAGCGCUGGAUCCAGGCGACGGCGCCCGAGCGGGUGAUGUGCGAGCGAGUGCCGGAGAUAGAGGCCAAGUGCGAGCAGCAGCUGGUGACCAGCAUCAGCUCGAAGACCUCCAAGCGCGAGUGGCUCUUCCAGCUGGAGACAAAGCAGCCGCUCAAAGCGGUGGCCCUGCUGCAGGACGCCCAUCGCAAUCACUUUGCCCUCAAGUCGAUCAAGCUGGGCACGGCCUCAGCUUCAGCCCAGGUGGAGCUGAAGUCUGACCAGGAGUGGGUGGCGGCAGCAGCAGCCGCCGCCGCUGCCGAAGCAGCCAGCGGAAGCGAGCCAGCGGAGGGAGAGGAGGAGUCGUCGCCGCCGCCGCAGCAGCCUGCGACGCUCAGCCACGAAGUAACAGUCGAAUUUCACACGGAAAUCUAUGGAACGUUCCGGCAGGCCAUCUGCUUCGAUGUGGGGCAGGAGCCGCUGCUGGUGCGCCACCUGUGCGUGGACGUGCUGCCCGUGAACGAUGCGGAGAAGAUCGAGGAGAUCAAGCGUGAUAUAAUCAACAGCUCGGCCACCCGCUGGGACGUGGCCAACACCCAGCUGACGCGCUUCGAGACGACCAUCGGCACCCACCUGAAGACCGAGGCGUACCUCAGCGAUCUGGACCACGAGCGGGAGCUGCUCGAGCGCUAUCCCUGUCCCCGGGCGGCCACCUUCACCCUCACCCAGUCGACGAUCGUGGAGAAGCGCCUGACGCAGAACAACUACCGGUCGCGCAUCCACGAGCUGCUCUACGUGGAGGAGAUCGCCCGCUACGAGCAGAUAGCCCGCUACAACGUCCGCACGAAGCUGACAGUGGCCUCCAACUACAUACUGACGCCCGCGGGGAUGGCCACCAGCACGGCCAAGUACUCGCUGGCCGGGGAGCUGUUCGCCCUGAUGCGGCUGGGCAAGGACAUAUCGGAGGACACCUCGCCGGGACGCCUCAUCCUCUCCAACUGCUGCAGCGUGUACAUCUCGGCGCCGGAGGAGCCCGGCAGAAAGGUCUCUGCCUCGUCCGCCUCCUCCGGCUCGGAGCAGACGCGGCCUGUGUACGAGGCUCUCAUCGAGGACAAGGGCAAAAACGUGAUCUACUUGAAGCUGUCGGCCAAGUGCGUGGAGGCCAUGGCCCUGCAGGCGGACACCGAGCUGGACGUGGACAUCCAGUUCCAGCUGAACCGCAUGCCCUACUGCGAGUGGCACAACGCCGUCGACAAGAUCACCGACUUCCGGCUGAUCUUCCCCGCCACGGAGCUGGAGCCGAACAUACCCUGGACGCCCAAGAAGCAGUGGGCCGACGCCUGCGAGCCGAAGCUGAACGCCAAGCAGCGGGAGGCGGUCAAUGCCAUCACCACCGCGCUGAGCAUCAAGCUGCCGCCGAUCCUCCUGAUCGGACCGUUCGGCACGGGCAAGACCUACACGCUGGCGCAGGCCAUCAAGCAGCUGCUGGCCCAGCCAGAGGCCAAGAUACUCAUCUGCACGCACUCGAACUCGGCGGCGGAUCUGUACAUCAAGGAGUACCUGCACCCGUGGAUCGAGGAGGGCCUGGAGGAGGCCACGCCGCUGCGCGUCUACUACCACAAGCGCUGGUCGGCGACAGUGAACGGCGUCGUCCAGAAGUACUGCAUCACGGACGGCGUCGGCAACUUCAAGCGCCCCACGCUGGAGGACAUCAUGCGGCAUCGCAUCGUGGUCGUGACGCUCAGCAUCAGCAUGGAGCUGGCCACGCUGGGCCUGCCCAAGGGCCUGUUCACGCACAUCUUUCUGGACGAGGCGGCCCAGGCCAUGGAGUGCGAGGCCAUCAUGCCGCUGGCCCUGGCCAACGACUCGACGCGCAUCGUCCUGGCCGGAGACCACAUGCAGAUGAGCCCCGAGCUCUUCUCGGCCUUUGCCAAGGAGCGCAAGCUGCACAUCUCGCUGCUGGAGCGGCUCUACGACCACUACCCCUCGAACUUCCCCUGCAAGAUCCUGCUCUGCGAGAACUACCGCGCCCACGAGGCCAUCAUCCGCUUCACCUCGGAGCUCUUCUACGAGCAGAAGCUGGUGGCCUCCGGCAAGCAGCCGCGCCACGAGCGCUUCUACCCGCUGACCUUCUUCACCACGCGGGGCGAGGAUGUGCAGGACAAGAACUCGACCGCCUUCUACAACAAUGCCGAGGUCUACGAGGUCGUCGAGCGGGUCUCCGAGCUGCGCAAGCGCUGGCCCAGCGCCUGGGGCAAGCUCAACGACACCAGCAUCGGCAUCAUGACCCCCUACGCGGACCAGGUGUUCCGCAUUCGCUCCGAGCUGCGCAAGCGCCGCAUGGGCGGCAUCUCUGUGGAGCGCGUUCUCAAUGUCCAGGGCAAACAGUUUCGUGCCGUCUUCCUGUCCACGGUGCGGACCAGGCGCACCUGCAUGCCGCAGGGCAGCGGACCCGGGGUUGCCGCCGCCACCAGCAUUGGCGACGCCGACACGGACUACGGUUUCCUGAGCAACUCGAAGCUCCUCAACACGGCCAUCACGCGCGCCCAGUCGCUCGUAGCGGUCGUGGGCGAUCCCGUCGCCCUCUGCUCGAUCGGCCGCUGCCGCAAGGUCUGGGAGCGCUUCAUCGAGAUCUGCGACGAGCACAAGUCUCUGUUCGGCCUGACCUGGUCCAACCUGCGCUCCCAGCUGGACGGAGUGGAGCUGAAACGCGGCUACGUGCUCAACCCCUUGGCCCCGGAGUUCGUUCCGCGCGCCCUCCAGCCGGAGGCCUAUCUGCGGGACCAGGCGGCCCUCUAUCUGAACGGACCCCAGCACGGACACGGCACCCACGGGCCGCCGGGUCCUCCGGCCCACUAUGCCAGCGCGGCCGGGAUGUUGGGACCCGGACCGGCUGCCGCUCACCAGAUGAACCAAAUGGCCGCUGCCAUGGCCGCAAACCAGCAGCUCUCCCACAUGUACUCCACCCACAUGGCGGCCAUGAUGGCCGCAGCCGCCGCCGUGGGCGGGGGCAAGGCUGCUAACGGGCCCGGUCCGGGUCCAGGUCCUCCUCCCCACUAUGGUGGAGGGGGGCACAUGGGCAUGCGGGGACCGCCGCCCAAUGGUGCGCCCCAGCCGCCGCAUCUGCGGGGAAUGCCCGGACCCGGGCCGCCUGGACCACCCCCGCCGGGCGCAGGUGGACCUCCACCGCCGCCCUACAACCAGUACGCAACCAUGCAGCACUGGCGUCCGCCCAUUGCACCGCAGCAGCAGCCGGGCGGACAGGGCCAAGGACAAGGGCCCCAGCCGCAGAAUCCCAAUGCCAGUCUCUGGGGGCCGCCGCCGCAGACGAAUCCGUGGAGCGUGCUGCCCCCGAACAAGCAGCAGCAGCAGCCACCGGUGACUGCUCCGGGACGAGGGCCCGGACCGGGUCCGGGAUCCCUGCAACCGCCCCCACCAAAUGCGAAUCCCUCGCUGCCAUUGCGCGGCGGAAGCGUGCCACCGCCGCCACCCAAUGCGCCGCCCGCUGCCCAGCUGCUGCGCAAUCCCAGCGAACUGGGCUACUUGGCCAAGAAGACACUCUACAACCAUGGCCAGGCGCAGCCUCCGCCGCCACCGCCCCACCACCUGUACGGGCCGCCGCCGCCGCAGCAGCAGGCGCCGCCGCCAAUGCAGGGCAUGCAGAGGGGCAGCAGCGUGCCCAACGGGCCCAUGAGCCCCAUGGAGAACGGGCCGCCGCUGCCCUACCUGAGGCACAAUGGCAGCGGAUACAACAGCUACGACAAGCCGCUGGUGCCGCCCCAGCAGCAACAGCAGCAGCAGCAGCCGCCCUUCAUGUACGGAGCGAAGCAGCCAUCCCCCAGCUCGCUGCGCUUUGGCCCUCCCUCGCACGACCUGCUGCCCCCGAAUGUGAGCAUCUACGAGAUGGCCUUCAACCCCAAGGAGGAGCAGUACAAGUGGUACCUCAAGCUCCUCGAGACCGUCGGCCAGGAGGGGGCCAACAAGUUCGCGGACAUGCUGCGCCAGGUGAUGGUCACCCUGCAGCAGCAGCAGCAGCAACAGCAGCAGCAGCAGGGCCACCAGCAGCAGCUCAAGCAGCCGCCCCACCAGCAGAUGGUGAACAAUCCGAUGCUGAACAAUCCCCAUGUGAUGGGCGGUGGCGGCGGCGGAGGCGGCCAGGGCCAGAGGCCGCAAUAUCCCAUGAUGUAUCCCCAGAACCAGCCGCAGCAGCCGCUCCAGCCACAGUCCGUGGAGGCCUCGCCGCCGCUGGAGAACUUCAAUCACCAAAUCGACUUGGUCUUUAACUCGAUCAUGAACGGAGCCAACGACAUUGCCCAGCCCAUACUGCGGGACGUGCUGGGCAUGGUGGCCGGCACGGCCAGUGCCCCCGGCGCGGGACCUUCUCUAACCAAUGGAUUGAAUGCCCUCGAGCUGCAGCAGCAGCAGCAGCAACAACAGCAGCAGCAGCAGAGUCGCCUCUUUGCCAUCAUGCAGCAGCAGCAGCAACAACAGCAGCAGCAGGCGAAGAUACCGCCUGGCCCGGGACCGGGUCUGUAUGCCGGGCAUCUAGCUGGCGGGCCGCCACAGGGAGGAGGGCCAGGACCGGGACCGGGACCAGGCCCUGGACCUGGACCACAUCAGCCUCCGCCCAAUAGCAGCGCCAACAACUCCAACUUUAUGGCUGUCAAUCCUCUGCUCAACGACAAGCCCUACAACAACCAGAUGAACAUGCACAACAACGUGGGACCGAACAACGCUGGAGUGGGCGUUGGAGUGGGCGUGGGAGUGGCUGGAGUUCCCGGCACCAAUGGCCUGCUGAGCAAUGGGAACUCGGUGCCGCUCUACCGACGCCAGGCCCUGACCGGCAAUGGCAUUGGCAUUGGCAUUGGCCAUGGCAUCGGGAACAGCUACAACAACAUGCCCGGCCUGGACACGGGCACCAAUCUGAUUGAGGCCCUGUUCCACGCCAACAACGCCGUGGCGGAUCACUCUGUGAAGUCGUCCGACCAUGUGCAGGGCCUGCUGUACAACAAUUUCAGUGCGCUAAAGAGCGGCCACGAAAUGGACCUGUUCCAGUCGAUGCCGCUGCCAGUGCCACACUCGGAGGCCAACAAUCACCACCAUCAGCACCAGCAGCAUCAGCAGGCCUCUUCCGCGGCCACCACCUAUGCGGCGGUGUUGAGUCAGGGCCCACAGGCGGCAUCGUCGGCUGGUGGAGCGGGUCAAGGCCAAGGACAGGGCCAGAAUCAGAAUCAAGGGCAGGGGCAGGCCCAGUCACAGUCACAGGCGCAGUCGCAGUCGCAGCCCGCCCCGGCGGCCAAAUCCUCGCAGGCGGGCGGCGAGCUGGAGAAGGAUCCGUUCGCGGCCAUACGGGAACUGGGCCAGGCCACAACCGGAUUCUACAACUAUUUUCAGUGAGGCACGGGCAGCGGACGACCUCCUGUUGUGGCAUCAAAGGGUCUUAAAAUAAAACAACAAAAAACAAAAACAAAAAUAAAAACUAAAAAAAAA